CAUUCAUUUCCUGCUGUUCUAACUAUUUUACCUUGUUGAAUUUUAGCCUAAAAUUGAAAUGCCUAUUUCAAGAGAAAACCUGCUAGUGAAAGGAGUUGCUAUUAAAAAGCCGCGUCUGCUACAAAAACGCUAUACUCCUAGAAUUAUCAAACAUGACUGCCAGAGUCCUUGCAAGCCAAGUGACUCUGCAGCCGAUGAAGAGAAGGAAACAAAGAUAAAAGUUCCUAGUACUUUAAAGAAGUUAGAUAUACUUCCUAAGAAGAUAGUACUAGAUGAUAUCAAAGGAGCAACAAAGCCUUUGAAACCCAAGGAUCUUGUGGUUCCUAAGAAAGAGGAGCCAAAGCUUUCGAUCCUGGAUUUCAGGCAACUAAAUCCAACUAGAAAACCGCGAGAUCACAGCAAAGAGAGAGUAGAUCUCCGUCCAACAACCAAACCUAUGUUGGAAAAGUUAGAUAUACUUCCUAAGAAGAUAGUACUAGAUGAUAUCAUAGGAAGAACCAAGCCUUUGAAACACAAGGAUCUUGUGGUGCCUAAGAAAGAAGAGCCAAAGCUUUCGAUUCUGGAUUUCAGGCAACUGAAUCCAACUAGAAAACCGCGAGAUCACAGCAAAGAGAGAGUAGAUCUCCAUCCUACAACCAAACCUAUAUUGGAAAAGCAUCUCAAAGUAAAGGAUACGGCAAAAAAAGUGGAAUCUGAAAAAGAGACGCUUAAACUUCUCCCUUGUUUAUUCUGCAAGGGACAGAUUUGCACGUGCCGCAAACCCUCGAAGAAAGUUUUUAGAACUACUGGAUUUCCCUCCGAUAUUUGGCAGAUAAGAAAAUAAGAUAAUUCCCGACCCCUCAGGUUGGGCAAGAAGUAUGUGCAGUGUAGGGUGGGUGGUGGGCCAAACUGCACGAAGACAAUUCUGCUUCAACUUAUUAAUGAGGAUUCGUCAUAAUAAGCGCUAGAGGCAAACUGGUGACCGUCCUCAGGAGAAGCAAGAUUGUUGGAAGAGAAAAAAAUGAGAUACACGGCAUGAAGUAUUUCCUGCAUAUUCCGUAGCUGAGGGUUAAGGAUAUGCAAGCCUGCCUGACCCCUCAGGUUGGGCAAGAAGUAUGUGCAGUGUAGGGUGGGUGGUGGGCCAAACUGCACGAAGACAAUUCUGCUUCAACUUAUUGAUGAGGAUUCGUCAUAAUAAGCGCUAGAGGCAAACUGGUGACCGUCGUCAGGAGAAGCAAGGUAAGGGACUUAGUCAACAAUGACAAAUUACCAAGUCUAAUACAUAACCUACUGAAUUUCUUUUAGAUUUUUGGAAGAGAAAAAAAUGAGAUACACGGCAUGAAGUAUUUCCUGCAUAUUCCGUAGCUGAGGGUUAAGGAUAUGCAAGCCUGCCUGACCCCUCAGGUUGGGCAAGAAGUAUGUGCAGUGUAGGGUGGGUGGUGGGCCAAACUGCACGAAGACAAUUCUGCUUCAACAUAUUAAUGAGGAUUCGUCAUGAUAAGCGCUAGAGGCAAACUGGUGACCGUCCUCAGGAGAAGCAAGGUAAGGGACUUAGUCAACAAUGACAAAUUACCAAGUCUAAUACAUAACCUACUGAAUAUCUUUUAGAUUUUUGGAAGAGAAAAAAAUGAGAUACACGGCAUGAAGUGUU